UGAGCUCCCUCUCCCCCCACAAUGAGACUUCCAAGGGGAAAGAAGAGACCUUUCUUUCCUUAGGGUGGUACUAUGCGAAUCAGAAAUGUUCUCAUCUUCGGCUGAUGCACCAAGCCGAUCAAAAGCCCUGUUACAGAAGCAAACUAUGGUGGUCUGGAAUUGUACUUAUGGGGAUUGGAGAAAUGGGGAACUUUGCAGCCUAUGGAUUUGCUCCAGUCAUGGUCAUUGCUCCAUUAGGAAGCAUGGCUGUCAUAGGUAGUGCUGUUAUAUCUGUCUUAUAUUUAAAGGAGAACAUUAAGUCUGAAGGCAUAUUAGGUGGAACUGUAACAAUUGCAGGAACCUUUUUGUUGGUGACAUUUGCUCCACAUGUCUCCCAGGAAGCCAAUGCGAGAAAGAUACAGAAUGAUCUAGUUAGCUGGCAAUUCCUGAUUUAUGCGAUCAUUGAAGUAAUAGCCUUCUGCAUUCUUUUGUAUUUCUAUAAGAGAAGAGAAAUAAAGCAUGUUGUUCUUUUGUUAACAAUGGUGGCACUGCUAGCAUCUAUGACCAUCAUUUCAGUGAAAGCUGUGGCAGCCAUGAUAACACUUUCUGUGAAGGGGAACAUGCAGUUGACUUACCCUAUUUUCUAUCUCAUGCUCAUUCUAAUGGUGUUAACAUGUGUAUUUCAAGUCAAGUUCUUGAACCAAGCAAUGAAGCUCCAUGAUCCUGGAGAUGUCAUUCCAAUGAAUUACAUGUUCUUCACUAUUAGUGCUAUUUUGGCAGGAGCCAUAUUUUAUCAUGAAUUCCAAGACACAGGCUUGCUGAGUGGUUUCAUGUUUUUCUUUGGGUGUUUUCUGUCAUUUGUUGGCAUAUUUAUACUCACCAGGAACAGAGGCGAGGAAUGUUCGACAAGCCUUUAUAUUGACUGUGGACACAUUCCUGGGAAGAAGAUGAAGCAGAAAAUACAGCCAGAUUCAAACAGCUUAUCCUAUGGCUCUUUGUAUAAUGAAGGUGAUUCUGUGAAGACUCAAAGCUAAGAGAAAAGAGCACCUUAAAUUCCAGUUAACAAGAAAAACCUUCAAUUUAUUGGCUUUAUAUUCAACACCACCCUUUUAUCACACAUGUUCAUUAUGUGUCAAGUUAUUUUAUUCUGACAGCUCUUAUGGCUAUUUAAUCCUCUUUGGGGAUCCCCUGACUAUCACAAAUACUUUGCAACCUAAGCCAGCUAUUGUGCUUGGAAAAAAAGUAAGCAAUCAUUAAAUGGAUCUGGGUGUUUCCCAUGUGCAAUGGUCCUUUUGUGCUUGCUCUUUUUUUUUCUGUUUCUUUUUUCUUUUUUCUUUUUUCUUUUUUUUUUGCAACCAAAUAUGCUAAGACAGAGAUACAGCUGGGUCACAUGCUGGUUGGUUUCUACAUACAGUCUCACUGAUUUCCAUUUCAAUAGAAUAAGAUACAGAGAGCAAAUCAGAGUUAUGCCUGAUGCCACUUCAGCCAGAGCAUGUUUGUUCACUCUAUGGGUUGGAUCUAGUGUUAUUAACGUGGCUUAAAAGUACUCCUGUUGAAGUCAGUAGGAUAAGGAUAUAGCAGAGACUAUGGCGUGUUACAAACCGCCAUAUAGGGACG